AUCAAACGAGGAGAUCGCAAUGGAAGCACACUUUCGGAAUACAGUGCGUCGCGACAGUACCGGGCGUUACGUGGUUCGCUUACCGUUUCGCGAGACAAACCAGCGUCUCGGCGAAUCGCGAUAUAUCGCGCUCAAGCGUCUAACUUCGUUAGAACGCAAACUCAACGCGAACGCAAUAUUGAGAAAUGAAUAUACGCAGGUCUUGGAGGAAUAUUUAAGAUUAGGUCAUAUGUCCGUAGUAGAAAUCUCUAACGAUGACGGAUUUUAUAUGCCCCACCACGCCGUAAUUAAAGAAUCAAGCAAUACUACGAAGGUUCGAGUUGUAUUCGACGCGUCCGCGAAGACAAGCAGCGGCGUGGCUCUGAACGAUAUACUGAUGGUGGGACCCACGAUUCAAGAUAAACUUUUUUCACACGUAAUUCGGUUCCGGACGUACAAGGUCGUUAUUACCGCGGAUAUAGAAAAGAUGUACCGUCAGGUAUCGUUGCAUGAAAGCGAUCGACGGUAUCAAAGGAUUCUCUGGCGUAGGGACGGCGAGAUAAUGACGUUUCAAUUAAACACGCUUACGUUCGGCGUGGCGUCCUCUCCGUUUCUAGCAAUUCGCACCAUACAAAAACUCGCGGACGACGAAUGCAAUGCAUGUCCACGAGCGGCGGAAAUUCUCAAGGCGCAUCUUUAUGUAGACGAUUUAUUAACCGGCGCCGGUAGUAUUGAAGAGGCUCGCGCGAUCCGAGAUGAAAUCAUCGAAUUGCUAGCGCGGGGAGGAUUCACGAUCAGACAAUGGGCUUCUAAUGAAAAGGAUGUUAUCAAGGAUCUAGCAGACAGCGAAAUACAUGCGAAUUUUACGGUAGAGAUAGACCGCUCUUUGAAAACGUUAGGCAUAACAUGGAACACGCACACCGAUAAAAUAUGUUACUCAACCCAUCCGACGAAGAUUACAGAAAGACUAACAAAGCGAGCCAUAUUAUCCGAAAUCGCGAAGAUUUUCGAUCCGUUAGGGUUGUUAGCGCCGGUCGUCAUGUGCGCGAAGAAAUUAAUGCAAGACGUGUGGCGGUGCGGGGUACAUUGGGAUGAAUCCGUUCCGCAGAGCUUGUAUACCGAAUGGUCGGAGUUUGCUCGACAAUUACAUUUAAUGAACCAGGUUUCCUUUGAUCGCAGAUUACUAAUAGAUGAUUAUAAGGGCAUUCAAAUUCACGGAUUCUGCGACGCGAGCAAAAUCGGCUACGGUGCAUGUCUAUACAUACGUUCGUACGGGAUGCAGGAAAAUGUCGUCAACAGACUGGUAUGCGCUAAAUCACGGGUCGCACCGUUGAAAACGAUCACCAUACCACGGCUUGAACUGUGCGGCGCACUAUUAUUAGCCCGCUUAUACCGCGAAACGAGCGACGCGCUGGGAAUUACACCGGACAAGGUGAUUUUCUGGUGUGAUUCAACCAUUGUAUUGCACUGGUUGAAAACGUCACCUCAGCGACUCAAAACUUUCGUAGCAAACCGAGUCGCGGAGGUCCAGGAAGUCACCGGCGCGAACGAAUGGCGACACGUUAAAUCAGAAGACAACCCGGCCGACGCGAUCUCAAGAGGCCAAUUGCCUCAUGCGUUUUUACGGAAUCAAACGUGGCUUACGGGCCCUCCGUGGUUAAUCAAAGACGAGGGCGAAUGGCCCAACGAAAACAUACAAAUAAGCGAAAUACCCGAAGUGAAGGCGGACACGUGCCUAACGACAAUAACCGAUAAUUUCGACAUACUCGAUAGAUAUUCUUCUUUCGCUAAAUUACGCAGAGUCGUCGCAUAUUGUCGUCGAUUCCGACCUACUAGCCAACGCGGCGGAACAUUAAAUGCGGAGGAAAUAAACGAAGCGGAAACAUGUAUAUUAAAACUCACACAAGCCGCGCAAUUUUCCGAGGAGAUAAAAAAACUUAAGAGCAAACACGCGAUAAACAAAGGUAGACUCAUUAGUUUAGAUCCGUUCUUGGAUGAAAAUGACUUGAUUCGCGUAGGAGGGCGUCUCCAAAACUCGAAACUAACAUUCUCACAAAAGCACCCGGUAUUACUUCCGAGUCGGCAUCUUAUAACCGAUCAAAUUAUCCGCGAGUCGCACGAAAACCAUUAUCACGCGGGAAUUCAGACUACCCUAUACAUUCUCCGUCAGAGAUUUUGGAUACUCGACGGCAGGAAUCAAGUACGCAAGGUAAUACGCGCCUGCACGCGCUGUUUUCGUUUCGACGCCAAGGCGAUUGAAUAUAAAAUGGGCAAUCUCCCGUCGGCUCGUAUACGCGACGCGAUACCCUUCACCAAUACGGGAAUAGAUUAUUGCGGCCCCUUUUAUAUAAAGGAGAAAAAACACCGUAAUCGAACGCGAAUCAAGGUCUAUGUGUGUAUAUUCGUAUGCAUGGCAAUAAAGGCAACACAUCUAGAGGUGGUGAGCGAUUUAUCGUCUGACGGUUUCCUGGCGGCGUUGCGACGAUUCGCUGCUAGACGUGGAUUGCCGGCCCAUAUCCACACUGACAACGGAACUAACUUUGUGGGCGCAAACAGUCAGUUAAAGGAAGUGUACGCCUUAUUUAAUUCGGAGAAACACAAAAAUCGUGUAGAAAGAUUCGCUAGCGAACAUCGCAUUAAGUGGCACUUCAUACCGCCAAUAGCACCGCACUUCGGCGGGUUAUGGGAAUCCACGGUAAAGUUGUUCAAACAUCACUUCCGUAGAGUGGUGGGCGACUCCUUAUUCACAUUUGAGGAGUUAAAUACGUUUGUAGUUGAGGUCGAAGGUGUCCUAAAUUCCAGACCUAUCACCUCCCUUUCCUCCGAUCCGAACGAUAUGUUGGUGUUAACACCGGCUCAUUACUUAAUUGGAAAGCCGCUAACGACCCUCCCGGAGGGCGAUUUAUCGUCUGUUCCAGCUAAUCGGUUGUCUUGCUGGAAACAUAUCACGAAAGUACGGCAAGACUUCUGGGCUCGAUGGUAUCUUGAAUACCUAAACGAGUGUCAAAAACGUCAAAGGUGGGACAAAGACGGACCGAAACUGAAGGUUGGAACAGUCGCACUCAUAAAAGAUAAGAACCUGCCGUGUUCACAAUGGGCAAUGGGUAAAAUCACCGAGCUACACCCAGGCGAGGACGGCGUAGCGCGGGCGGCCACCAUCCGAACGGCCACCGGAGAACUAAAGAGGACAACUAAGCUGCUGUGCCCAUUGCCAAUCGACUAACAAUGCGUAACCGAAAUGCGUACUAAUAAUGCGUAACCGAAAUGCGUCCUAACAAUGCGUAACCGAAAUGCGUACUAAUAAUGCGUAACCGAAAUGCGUCUCACCGAUGCGUAAACGAAAUGCGUAAUUAUAACACAUUAUAAACACGAAAUUUAUAUGCAACAGUUGAUCGUUCCCCUCUCAACGGGG